UCGUCCACUUUCCAUUCAUUCAUUCGUUGGUUGAAUAAACCAUUCAAUUUGUUGACAUUUUGUAUUAAAAGUAGGUUGACUAUAAGGAUAUACACGGAGUGUGCGAUACAGACUAAACACCCUACUUGUUGCAUCAUUCUUGUUUAUAACAUGACGUUAAAAUAGGAAGAGUUCGACCGUAUUUUUAUAUAAUUAAACUAUCAACGUAGUUCAGGAGAAUUGUUUUAUAGUUGUCGAUAGUGGUUAUAUAGAAAAAGGAGAUUCAGACGGUAUUGUGGACAAUAGCUGACAUAAUUAUAAUUAAUAAUCAACGUAAUUCAGGAGAAUUGUUAUAUAGUUGUCAGUAGUGAUUAAAGAAAAGGGAGAUUCAGAAAUUUUAACGUCGGUAUUGUGGACAAAAGCUAAUAUUAUAUAAAGGGAAAUUUAGAAUUUGAACGUUGGUACUGUUAACAAAAACUAAUAGAAGGAUAUUCGUAUUACAGUAGACCUACAGAUUGUAUCAAUAACCCUUUUGAAAGUUAUUAGAGCAAACAGUUACUAGCACAGUACUACUGAACGCCCCUCUUUAAAUACUAGUUGUAAAUAUCAAAAGGAAACUUAAGAGAUAUUUAUCACCGGAAUUCAACCGAAAUGGACAUGGAAGAGAAUCGGUCUUUAAGUAACCCUACAUCAACUAAACCAGGAAAAUGUAUCAGUUAUUUUAAGAAUAAUAUGUUGAUGUGGUUGAAUAUAGUUGGGAUUAUUUUAGGUCUAGUUAUAGGAUUUAGUAUACGUCCAUUUCAUCCAUCUAAAGACGCUCUCUUAUGGAUAGGGUUACCUGGACAAUUAUUUUUAAGGAUGUUGAAAAUGUUGAUAUUACCUUUAAUAGUGUGUAGUGUCAUCUCAGGAUCGGCGACCUUGGAUCCCAAGGUGAAUGGUAAAAUAAGUCUAGUAGCUAUAGUUUAUAUUUUAGCUACCCAUGUUAUAGCUUGUAGUAUUGGUGUAGUUCUGUCUAUAAUAAUCAAACCUGGUGUUGGAGAUACAAUCAACGAUGGUUUCUAUAAAAAUGAAAAUAUGUUGCAAACCCAAGAUAUUUUUGUUGAUCUUCUCAGAAAUCUGUUUCCUAACAAUAUGGUGGAGGCUACAUUUCAACAAGCCCAAACUAAAUACAGUAAAAUGAGUGAAACAGUUAUUAAAAAUACUAGUGACGGUUUGGUUACAGAAAGUAUGGUAACUAUAACCAAAUCUAAUGGUCAUACGGGUGGUAUCAAUGUUUUAGGGUUGAUCACCAUCAGUGCUAUAUUUGGUAUAGCUGUUAGCCGAGUAAAAGAGAAGGCGACCAUAUUUUUACAGUUUUUCACUGGAGCAACUGAAGUUAUUCUUCUUAUUUUACGGUGUUUCUUCUGGGCUGGACCUAUAGGGAUAGCGAGUUUAAUAGCCGCUUCUAUCGCCCCGGUUGAAAACAUGGCUGAAGUAUUUUCCCAAUUAGGAUGGUUUGUUCUAUGUUGUGUUGUUGGUAUUAUUCUACACCAGUUUUUAGUUAUUCCUGUUUUAUAUGUUGUGAUUGUUCGUCGUAAUCCUUAUAAAUAUAUGUUUUCACAUAUCAAAGCCAUUUUACUUGGCUUCGCUUCAACUAGCACAGCCGUGGCAAUACCAGAUAUGUUUGUAUCAUGUGAUAAUAAUAAAAUAGAUAAACGGGUAUCCAGAUUUGUUAUACCAUUUUGUGUGACAUUGAAUGCUGAUGGCAGCGUCAUCUAUAUCACGUGUGCCGCAGUGUUCAUUAUACAGCUGACAUUAGGAACGGUAACUCCAGCACAAGCAGGUAUCAUUAUAUUUUUAACGUCAAUUAUUGGAACAGCCAUACCAUCAGUGCCAAGUGCUAGUAUUGUAUCUCUCAUUAUUAUACUGACGUCAUUAAAUAUACCUAUUCAUCAGGUGGCGUUGAUGUUUGCCGUAGAGUGGUUUCUGGAUAGAAUUCGAACUCAGUGUAAUGUAGUCAGUCAUACUACAUGUGCCGCUAUUACAUACAGAAUAUGUCGUCAUAAUCUUAAAACUGCAGACACCAAUAUGGACAUUAUAAUAUAACAAAAUAUCAUUUCAUCAGUCCAAUGUUGUAGGUUCUUAUUCGAUUAUAUAUAUUCAAAGCCGGGUCAACUAUACCCUGCCUGAGUGCACACAGUCCCUCCUAGAACUGACGAAGGUUCGCGCCUUCCUGGCUCUAUCGCCUCUGUAUAUUAUAGUAUUUCUAUUGGUACGACUAGGCUUCUAUUUUUAUUAUGAUCUAGGCUUCAACUACCGUGAAAAAAGUUUCGCCCCAACCCCACCCACCCCUGUGAAAAAAUUGUCGACCAUAAAAAAAUAAAUAUACAUUGUCCUCAAUUUUACAGCACCCCUGAACCCCCCCCCCCCCUCGUUGCUCUGAGCUAGUUACGGCCCUGUU